GGAUUCGACACGGAUUCGACGCGGACAGGGCCGCGACGGGACAGACAAGGUCCCCCGAGGAUGCAACAUAAGAGGAUCAACCGUCAGGGGUUUUCUCUUGCGCAACCGCCUGGCUCGAGCCAUUUUGGACCCUUUUUUUGAUCAAUCGCCCACCCCUUGCCCAACGCUGGCAUAGACUCGAGGUGCUCCUGUGUAGCACCUACCAUGGCCACCAUGGUGCGUUUGGCUUUAUUCUCCACCGUGGGGGCAACAAUCAAAGCUGAUGCCGUUGAACCGCUGGCGGGUUUAGUUGCAGAGCGUGCGCGGAUACCCGACAAUUCUUUGAGGAUUAAGGAGGUCCUCAAUGCACCUUCAAAUAAUCCCGGUGCGCCUCAGAUUUUGGUCGUUGGUGAUUCUUGGGCCGAGGUCACAGCAGCGGGAUCUGCUGUGGGUCAGAGUUUCUUCCAGCGUAGUCUAAGCAAAUACGGUUGUAAAGCAGGCGUUACGAAUAUUGCAAUUGAUGGCAGUACGGCGAGCGAGUGGAGCCAGGGUGCCCUUCUCGAGAUUCUGAAGAUUGGAGCCAAGAGUCACGAUUACGUCUGGAUAUCUCUUGUGGGAAACGACGCGCUGUUCUUCCUCCCUGGCUGCCUUAAAAAGCCUGCGGAGUGCGUCGACGAACUCCUAGCCGAGGUCACGCCGCAAAUGUACAAAAUCGUGGAUGCCAUUCACGAGGCAAAUCCCAACGCAAAGGUUACAGGCUUCGGCUAUGACACCAUGUUCGGUGGAAUUGGCUGCUCCUUGGUAACGCACUUACUCUUUCCUCGGUGUUGGCUGCCUGGAGCUGGUGGGAACUCUUGCUUCAACAAGCAGCUGCUGCGCAUACAACACCUGUAUGACACGAUCGCCUCCAACCGGUCCUUCUUCAAGAGAUCAAGCAUCCUGGGAGCUACACAGGUCGCAGCUGGCGAUCCCAAAGCAAGCACUGGCGCUGAUCGGCACAUCGACAUGGACAAGAUGGGGCCUGCGAAGUAUUGGCCCGACUACGAGCUCUGCUUCCACCCUGGCGUCAUCGGUGGAGAGGAUAGCGGCGCAAGCGUUGUCAUGAACGAGUUUGUCAAGUCUUUCUGGGUUGACGAGCUCCAGUGCUCGGGAGUUCAAACCAGCAUUAUUGUUUGAAGCCGCGCGCCGCGCAGGUAUUGUCGAGCAUGAGUUGGAUAAGUUCCACUGGGUCGGUAAAUUUGGUCCGCCUGCGUUUUUACACAGUUUCUUUCUAGAUCGUUUAAAAGUGGCGCUGGCGUGUCCGCCGCGCCACAUGCCAGGUGUAAGCGCAGAGGCCGAACUUCAAUGCGCCGAAUGCGGCCGUUGAUGCUGUACAUUGCUAUCGUGGCUGUGAUCGCACUGCCACGUUGACACGUAAUCAAUAUAUGGGGUCAGGGCGCCCAUCUUCUCAGACCUCUUGACGUGAUGUUUGUCGCGACGCGUGUCCCAGAGCUCUCGAUCACCCCCCCCCCGACUGGCUGGUCGCCACGGGUACCCUACUUUGUUGCCCUGUCUUGGGGCGAGAGGACGGCCUCCAU